AUUUCCUUUCAGUAAAGAAAAGUAAGCUUUGGACUGAAGCGCUGCAGUUUACAGUGAUGCACGUGUCGGUGCGUGAGAUCUGCGUCUCCUCGGAGCCAGACUCCUCCUACUUCCUGCGGGUGGACUGGAGGGGGCGGGACUUAGGCUCGGGCUUCCAGCUGCUGCUGACUGACGGACAGGAGGCUUGGAGAGGAGAAGUGAGCGAGGCAGCAGUGAGCGAUGAAGCCGAGGAGCUGGAGAUGCAGAAGGAGAAAUACGUCCAGGACCUCCGACAGGCGCUGACCGACACAAACAGCUCCGUCACCUACAGCUUCAGCCUGACGCCUUCUCCUCCAAACCGCUGCUCCACCCUCACACUGGCCUACGAGAAGGUUCAGAAGGACAUAUCGUUCAGGUUGGGAUCUGUUUCUCUGAACGUUGUCCCGGAGCCGGCGGAGGCAGUGCGAGGGUUACUGACUCACAGUCUGGAGAGGGGAAAUACUCUGGAGCGCCAUAACCAGGCGCUGGACGAGGAGAACCAAAGACUGAGACGAGAACAGCAACGCAUCACCGCAGAACUGAAGCGUUACGCUGCUGGGAAAGAAACUCUGGAGGCUGAGCUUUACUCUCGCUUCGUUCUGGUCCUGAAUGAGAAGAAAGCUAAAAUUCGGAGUCUACAGGAGACAGUCACAGACCUGCAGGAGGCGAGGAGUUCUGAGGGAAAGAAAAAGGGAAAGUCAAAGAAAUUGGACCCAACAUCAGAUCAGGAGGAGGCGGCUGAGGAGGAUGAGUAUGGAGGGAGUACUGACGAGGAGCCAGAGGAAGAGCAGACUAACCCAGCUCCCGCUCAACCUACUCGGGGCUCCUCUACUCCGAGCCCAUUGGACGACAGCCUGAGUGACAUCACAGACGUGGCGCCUUGCCGUAAACGCCGCUUCCGUCACCUCGGAGCGCCUGAAGCCUCCAUGGCGACGCGUCCACAUCCACAGACCUCCCAGAAGAAGAAGAGCGACUCCCCUGCAGCAGGCAGUAAGCUACAGACUCCCCAGCGCUCCACAGAUGCUGCGGCAGCGACUUCAGCAGCAGAGGACCUGUUUGACGACUUCUGACCCUUCACAGAGAGACGAACCUGAUUUCUAUCGAUAGAAGAAGAAGAAGAGGAAAAAGUAAAAGAAGAAGAAGAAGAAGAAGUGAUAUUUUUAUAUUGAUGAACAGAUUUAAGGUCGAGUGUUUAUUUAUUUA